AUGGCCGCGCCGGAGCCGCUGCGGCCGCGCCUGUGCCGCCUGGUGCGCGGCGAGCAGGGCUACGGCUUCCACCUGCACGGCGAGAAGGGCCGCCGCGGCCAGUUCAUCCGGCGCGUGGAGCCCGGCUCCCCGGCAGAGGCGGCCGCGCUGCGCGCCGGGGACCGCCUGGUCGAGGUCAACGGCGUCAACGUGGAGGGGGAGACGCACCACCAGGUGGUCCAGAGGAUCAAGGCCGUGGAGGGGCAGACUCGGCUGCUGGUGGUGGACAAGGACACGGACGAGGAGCUCCGCCGGCGGCAGCUGACCUGCACCGAGGAGAUGGCCCAGCACGGGCUUCCGCCCGCCCACGACCCCUGGGAGCUGAAGCAGGGCUGGGUGCAGGCGUGCAGCCCCGGCCCCGAGGCUGGCCAGAAGGGUGUCAAUGGGCCCCCCAGGGAGCUGCGCCCACGUCUCUGCCACCUGCGGAAGGGCCCCCUGGGCUACGGGUUCAACCUGCACAGCGACAAGUCCCGGCCUGGCCAGUACAUCCGCUCCGUGGACCCGGGCUCGCCCGCCGCCCACUCUGGCCUCCGUGCCCAGGACCGCCUCAUUGAGGUGAAUGGGCAGAACGUGGAGGGGUUGCGCCACGCGGAGGUGGUGGCCAGCAUCAAGGCGCGGGAGGACGAGGCCAGGCUGCUGGUGGUGGACCCCGAGACAGACGAGCACUUCAAGCGGCUGCGGGUCACGCCCACCGAGGAGCACGUGGAAGGUCCGCUGCCGUCACCCGUCACCAAUGGGACCAGCCCUGCGCAGGAUGGCGGCACCUGGAAGCCGGACCCGUUCCAGGAGAGCGGCCUCCACCUGAGCCCCACGGCAGCCGAGGCCAAGGAGAAGGCCAGGGCCACCCGCGCCAACAAGCGGGCACCGCAGAUGGACUGGAGCCGGAAGCGCGAAAUCUUCAGCAACUUCUGAGCCUGCCGGGCCUGUCCAGGGGCCCCGGGCCUCCCCACAGACUUGGGCCUCACCCCGAGCCCAGCGGCGCUCCCGAGCCUCAGCGGACUGAGGGGGGCGUCCUCAUCCCCAGAAGCCAUGGUGGUCCCACCGCCACCCAGGAGCCAACCUGGGCCCCAGUGAGCCCCCGCCCCGUCCCCCUGCCCGCUGGGUGCUAAGGGGGGGCUCUGGCAGCCAGAUGGGGGCGACACCCUGAGAUGGGAGAGACACCCAGAGACUGAGGAGAGGGAGGCGCGGAGGGAGAGACCCUGGGGCCUGCUGACUUAGAGGAAUUUGUGUUUUUGCUUUUUUUCCAAAAAGAGCUCCAGCUCCACACAUGUUUCCACUUAAUACCAGAGCCCCGGCCCCCGCCCCCUCAGGACGAGCUCUCUAAAUAAUUGCAAUAAAACAAGCCUUUCUUGCAAACUGUUCCCCCUCGGCAGCAGCCACCCCCGGUGGGAGUCCAGAAACUUCUGGGGGAGGGGGAGGGGGCGGGCUGCGUUUGUGGGAGCUGCCCCAUCCCCAUCCUCUCUGGCGUGGGGUCCUAGGCCAGGCCCCCCCAUCACCCCAACACAUCAGGAUCUGGGCGCAGGGCCCGUCUCUCCCGGGGCUGAGGAUGGAGGCCGGUGCCCAGAGCAGGGCAGCCUCUGGACUGGCCCCUCGUCCUGCUGUGGCUGUUCUGGGGCUUGGGAGAGGGGGUGCGAGAGCCUGUCCCAGGGGGCCCGGACCUGGGCCUCACCGCCCACACCGCCCUCCCUGCUGGCAACCUGACCGGCGUUGCUGUCUUUCUGGUAAGCCAUAGCGCAUGCGCGCCUCGGAAUAAACAGGCCAUCCUCGGACCCUCAGCUGCCUGUCCUUCCUGUGUCCUCAGUCGGGGUCAGGGAGCCGCAGCUGUUGGGGCUGGGAAGCAGCAGCCAGCGGGCCCCCAGAGUGUCAGCUCUGGAGACCGGGGUUUUGCUCCCGAGCCUCC